AUGGCUACUACUAAAGCUGACGCCGCUCAAGAGACCAUUUCGGCCGCUGAGACGACGGACCUCAGUCGCUAUGUUCUGAUACUCGGCAACUUCACCAAUCUACCCGACGUCGCCAAGUUGUCCGAGAACUACAGAUAUAUCUUCACCCCUCCAAAGGAAAGCCACAACUGGAAGGAAGCCAUGACCGGCGAGGUCCGCGGCCCCUUUCUAGCUCUGGAAUUCGAGAAGGACAUGUACAACCCGGACGGCUGGAUGAUAGGUUCUUCGGACGAUACCGACCGAUGCCACCUUCGAAUCGAUCUUGACGUGGAAUCUACAUGGCCGCGUCUUACUCAAUUCACCCAUCGGAACCCAUUGGCCGUUAUUGUUCACGGGAAGCGUGGAGACCGCAAAGCUCCUCCUUACCCAGAAAAGGUCCGUCAAGAUCGAGACGUUUGCCCCAUCACGGUCAACUUCGGCACCUCUAGCUUCCAGGCAUGGCGUCUGAUCCUCACGUCCCCAGACGAGACGAGAAGCUACCAUCAGCGCCUUGAGAAGCACUUCAAGAACUACUUCGACACCAUGCCGGUUUUCCCAAGCAUUCAACCCCUUUCCGGGCCCGAGACCUUCGCUGUGCGGUUUGGGCAGAAUAGUGCAGUAUACAAGCGGGAGGGGGAGCUAAGCAAGGGAACAAAUGGGACGGUCCAUCGGGUGGUGGAGGCGACCUCCAGGAAGAUCUAUGCUGCAAAGGAACCGUACUAUAAGGCGUCCGACUCGGGCACCAGGCUUGUAGAGCGGUUCAAACGUCUGGAGGCAGGGUACGACAAGCUAAUAGAGCUUAAGCGCCCGCACAUAGUCGAAGCCGUAGAGCUACUGCUCGUCGCCGACAACAGACAGCUUCCCCCAUGGAUGAUUAUGGAGUACAUCGAGGACAGCCUGGACAGUGCUCUCACCCACUUCAAAGGCGCCCGGAGCCUCGUCAUCGUACCUCAAUUCAUCGAAGCGGUGGAAUUCAUGCACGCCAAAAACUGUCGCACAUAA